AUGGCGGGAGGUGAUCCAGGUCCCACCGAAGAUCCUCCUGAUCUAAAUCGAAGCAGACUCCCUCAGUUCAUGCGAAACAAAACUUACGAUGGUGUAACUCGUUUUUUGCAACUGCGUAUGAAAACUGUUGAUGGUGUUGACAAACGACCGCCGCUACCCCAGAAUCCUUUCCUUAUAGGAAAGUCUGUUGAGCAACUUGUCGGAUCUUCUAACUUGAAAAAUGUCGAAGCCAUUAAAGAAGGUCAAGGUGCGCAAUAUAUUUUACGCACAUCGUCGCCAGAAAUAGCUGAGAAGUUGCUUUCGAUGACAACUCUCUUGGAUAAAACCUUGAUUGAAGUAGUGCCUCAUCCAACAUUAAACUCAGUGCAAGGUGUUGUUUACCAAAUUGACUCUCUCGAGUUCAGCGAAGAAGCUAUUCUGGAUGAAAUAAAAUCGGAAGGUGUAACAGCUGUGCGUAGAAUAAAGAAACGUGAUGACAAGAAAAAUUUAAAAAAUACACCACUUCUCGUACUGACUUUCUGCUCUACAGUUCUACCAGAAUACGUUCGGUUUGAACUGCUACGCGUCCAAGUCCGUCCAUAUUACCCGUCUCCAAUGAUUUGUCGAGGCUGUGGUUCUUAUGGACAUACGCAUAAGAGAUGCGACAGCACGACUUGUUCAGUUUGCUUUAGAGAUCACCCGACUAUUGAAGGACAAACCUGCAGCAACGAAAAGUUCUGUAAACAUUGUAACCAGGAAGGUCACUCUCCGACAAGCCGUGACUGUCCCUCCUUCCAGAAGGAAGAAGCAGUGAUCCGCCUGAAAGUCAACAAAAGAAUCACUUUUCAGGAAGCUCGAGCAGAAAUUAAUCAAACCUGGAAUAAGCCAACAUACGCAAGUCAAGUUCAGCAACGCUUAACCCAAACGCAACGCGAUCCCGACGAAAAAGAUAAAAUUAUUUCUCUUUUACGCAAUGAGCUCGCAAAAUUACGGCAGGAGCUGAAAGAAAUCAGACAGAAAGAUCAACAAGGACCCAUACAACCAUCACAACCACCACAACAAUCUAAAUCACGCCUUUCUCGCAAAGAUUCUCUGGAUAAACCGAACAGUCAACAGUCUGAGCAAGCACAAUCUAAAAAAGCUACACAAAGUGAAUCGACUAGAACAACAUCUGUAGAGUGCAGGAGCUUCCACAACCACAAUACAAGAAGCGUUAGCAGGAAACGGAAUCUGAACCUCUCACAAAACGACAUAUCACCAUCAAACCCGAAAAACGGUUCAAAGAGAGUAAAUUUGAACAAGAACUCCCAACAGCCGCAGCAGGACGAGAACGUAGAUGCGAACAUGUUUUCUGAUGACGAUGACCAACAGUGA